CAUACAGGAUAUAAGCCGCACCAGUGUCCACAUUGUAUGCUGUGUUUUACUGUAAGAGGCAAUCUUGUAACUCACAUGAGAGUUCACACUGGUGAUAGACCAUUUAAGUGUUUGGACUGCGAGAAGUGCUUUACGCAAAUGAAUGCUCUUGCCAUUCACAGGCGCAUUCAUACAGGAAGUAAACCAUUUAAAUGUUCCGAGUGUAUAUAAUGUUUUAGCUAUAACAUAGUCUUGUGGUACACAUGCGUGUUCACUCCGGUGAUAAACCAUUCAAGUGUUCAGAGUGUCUGAAGUCUUUUAGACAAAAGGGCAAUCUUAAAACUCACAUGAGAGUCCAUACAGGUGAGAAACCUUAUGAAUGCCCAGAGUGCCAUAGACAUUUUAGUGAAAGAGGCAGUCUUGUAAAACACACAAGAAUUCAUACAAGAGUUAAACCGUACGAGUGUUCCGAGUGUCAGAAAUGUUUCAGAUUUAAAAGGAGACUUGUAGAACAUAAGCAAAUUCACAUAAGACACACAGCAUAUAAAUGUACCAAGUUUACUGAAGAAAUCAAAAUGAUUAGUCAUUUAGAAUUGUCAGGAAAAUUGGCUUUGGAUAUGUACACAAAUGUUAGUAGAGGAGGCAAGUUAUAUCAGUGUUCUGAGUGUUUAAAAUGUUAUAAACACAAACACAAUCUUUCAAGCCAUAUGCAAUAUCAUUCUGGUGUGUCAUAUUAUUGUUCAGUAUGUAAAAAAUUCUUUAAAAAUAAACAGAGUCAUAAAGUUCACAUGCAAAUUCAUACUGGGGAAAAAAAAUUUCAGUGCUCAGAUUGUCAAAAAUGUUUUGCCUCGAAAGGGACUCUUAAUAUACAUUUACGUGUUCACACACGGGAGAAACCAUUCAAAUGUUCGGAGUGUGGGAAAUCUUUUGGCUAUAAAAACACACUUCAAACGCAUAUGCAAUCUCAUACAGGACAUAAACCAUUUCAGUGCUCCGAGUGUCAGAAAUGUUUCGGUCAAAAAGGCGCUCUAGUGACUCAUAUGAGAGUUCACACUGGAGACAAACCUUAUCAGUGUUUAAAGUGUCGAAAGAAUUUUAGUUUAAAAUGUACUCUGAUGAAACACAUGCAGGCUCAUGCAGGUGAAAAACCUCAUCAGUGUGCAAAGUGUCUUAAAUAUUUUGCCAAUAAGGGUUAUCUUGUAACACACAUGCGGAUUCACACAGGAGAGAGACCCUUUCGCUGUUCGGUGUGUUUGAAGUGCUUUAGUGAAAAAAGUACUCUUAAAAAACACAUGCAUAUUCAUACAGGAUAUAAACCCCAUCAGUGUCCUCAUUGUUCCCUUUGUUUUACUUCAAAGGGCAAUCUUGUGUCUCAUGUGAGAGUUCACACCGGUGAUAAACCAUUUAAGUGUUCGGACUGUCAGAAGUGUUUUGCACAAAUGAAUGCUCUUGCAGUUCACAGGCGCAUUCAUACAGGAAGCAAACCAUUUAAAUGUUCCGAGUGUAUUAAAUGCUUUAGCUAUAAACAUAGUCUUGUGAUACAUAUGCGUGUUCACACUGGUGAUAAACCAUUCAAGUGUUCAGAGUGUCUGAAAUCUUUUAAACAAAAAGGCAAUCUUAAAACUCACAUGAGAGUCCAUACAGGUGAGAAACCUUAUGAAUGCCUAGAGUGUCAUAAGCAUUUUACUGAAAAAGCCAGUCUUGGAAGACACAAGAGAAUUCAUACAGGAGAGAAACCAUACAAGUGUUCAACGUGUCGGAAAUGCUUCAGAAUUAAAAAUAGCCUUGUGAAACAUGAGCGAAUUCACACAUGAUAUAAACAUUAGAAGUGACUCAAGUUGGGGAAAUGUUUUAGCUAAAAAAAGCUGUCUGGGAGACAUGUGGCUAGACAAGCAUUAUAUAAUUUAAAGGGUGUAAUAUAAUUUGCAAAAAAGUGCAGAUUUGUAAUACAGUGAGGCUUAAUGCUGGUGAGGGGGCUCUUAAUCCAAGGAAUUGGACUUUUCCUCCCUCUCCUUGGAUUGCACUCAAAUGCCUCUCAUUACCCUAGAUGCUGUAUGACCCCUAUGUGUUUAGUACUCACCCUAUGAAUAUAUGAAUUUAAUACAUAUAUACGCACAAUAAAGUUUCACAUACCAUGAGGUUUACAGCCCUGACAUCAACAACAAUUAAAUGUUAUUUAAUGUUAAUAACUAUGGGAAAGUGGGGUUAGGUUCUGGCCCUACAAAAAAAAAAAGUCAAAUAUGUCCAUUUUCAUCUGUUAGAGAAAA